AUGGCCGAGGCUCAGGCUGCCUCUGGGAAGGUGGUUCUUUUCAGCCAGACAAAACGAGGGGGUCUCACCUACCGUAUCCCGGCGCUGCUUUACCUGCCCUCCGAGUCCACCUUCCUGGCAUUUGCAGAGGAGCGCUCAUCCCCCCGGGACGAAGAUGCUAAGUUCCUGGUGAUGAGGCGAGGGCGGAAGGAAGGAACGUCCGUUCAGGUAACGCCAGGAGCAGAAACCGUAACGCUGCUAUUCUUCAUUGCACGUUUCUUUACUUUCUUACUAUAUACAAUAAAUGUAAGGCUGUCGUCACGCAGCAGUUCAUGGUCCUGCCAAUAUGCGGCCACACCAACUCCAGCGUGACAGCAGGGUGGCAGGCAGCUCAGGUAAGCUGUUUAAUGAAGGCGGGGAGGUGCUUUGCACACUAUGUAUGGGGGGGAAUGCUUUCUGAAGCAACUCCCCCCAUCUGCUUUAGAAGUGGGUGGGGCUUGGGGCGAUGCCAAGUAGCUGGUGAUGAGGCAAGGGCGGAAGGAAGGAAUGUAUGUCAAGCUAAGACCAAAGGUGACACGGAAACUACAACUAAUCCAGAACCCGGCAGCUAGACUGGUGACUGGGGGCGGCCGCUGAGACCACAUAACACUGGUCUUGAAAGACCUACACUGGCUCCCAGUACGUAUCCGAGCACAAUUCAAAGUGUUGGUGCUGACCUUUGAAGCCCUAAACGGCCUCGGCCCAGUAUACCUGAAGGAGCGUCUCCACCUCCAUCGUUCAGCCUGGAGACUGAGGUCCAGCUCCGAGGGCCUUCUGACAGUUCCCUCACUGCGAGAAGCAAAGCUACAGGGAAUCAGGCAGAGGGCCUUCUCGGUGGUGGCACCCACCCUGUGGAACACCUGCCCGUCAGAUGUCAAAGAGAUAAACAACUACCUGAAAACAUCUGAAGGCAGCCCUGUUCAAGGAAGUUUUUAAUGUGUGACAUUCUGAUGUAAUCUUUGUUGGAAGCCACCCAGAGUAGCUGGGGAGGCCCAGCCAGAUGGGCGGGGUACAAAUAAUAAAGUAUUAUUAUUAUUAUUAUUAUUAUUAUUAUUAUUAAUGGUUAGGGGUCCCUUUACCUUUUAUACAUUUUAAUCCGCUAACUUGCAUCUUGUGAUCCACCCUGAGAUCUGCAGACGAAGGAAGGUAUGCAGAUUUAAUUAAUGAUGACGAUUCCAGGUUGGAUGUGAAGUGCGCAGAGACAUCACCCCGAGAGCAAACCCUUUUGUCCCUUCUCUGUUUCAGAGCCAGUGUGGUGUAGUGGUUAAGAGCGGUAGUCUCGUAAUCUGGUGAACCGGGUUCGCGUCUCCGCUCCUCCACAUGCAGCUGCUGGGUGACCUUGGGCCAGUCACACUUCUCUGAAGUCUCUCAGCCCCACUCACCUCACAGAGUGUUUAUUGUGGGGGAGGAAGGGAAAGGAGAAUGUGAGCUGCUUUGAGACUCCUUCGGGUAAUGAUAAAGCGGGAUAUCAAAUCCAAACUCCUCUUCUUCUUCUCUCCAGUGGGGUCCUCAGGAGCCCCUGCCGAUGGCCACGCUCCCAAAAUACCGCACCAUGAACCCCUGCCCGGUUCACGAGGAGAAGAGCGGAACCACUUACCUGUUCUUCAUCUGCGUUCUGGACCACGUCACAGCCCGGCGGCAGAUUGCGACGGGGAGGAACGCUGCCAAGCUCUGCUACGUCUCCAGCCAAGAUGGUGGCCGCACCUGGAGCCAGGUGGUGGACUUAACCAGGCAGAUGUUUGGAGGCGACCGGAGGAAGUGGGCCACUUUUGCCGUCGGGCCGGGCCACGGUGUGCAGCUUGGCUCUGGGCGCCUGGCGGUCCCGGCGUACGCGUACCGCACCCGCAAACGUUGCUUUUGCUUCUGCCCGCUCUGCUGCGUGGCUCCCUAUUGCUUCGCUUUGCUCAGUGACGACGGAGGGCGCAGUUGGGCGCGGGGCCGGCUCCUCGAGGACUUGCGAGCCACCGAGUGCCAGCUGGCCGAGAUCAACCGCCAGGACGGAAGUCGCUUGCUGUACGUCAAUGCCCGGCAUUCGGGCUGGAGCCGCUGCCGCGCUGAGGCCUUCAGCGCCGAUAACGGAGGCCAUUUCCAGAAGUCCUUUCUUUGCAAGCAGCUGCCUGAGCCGCCCCACGGGUGCCAGGGCAGUGUGGUGAGUUUCGUCCCGGCGCCGAAACCCUCGGAUCGGGGCCUAGAGGAAGGCUCAGGCGAAUCGGCAUGUCUGCUGAGUGUCGAUUUCUCCUCGGCCCCUCGCAAGAGGAGCGCCAAGUCGUGGCUGGUCUUCUCCCACCCCACAAACAGCCACAAGCGUUUGGAUCUGGGCAUCUACCUCAACACCUCUCCGUUGGAGAAGGGCUGCUGGAAAACUCCGUGGGUGCUGAACAAAGGGCCCAGUGGGUAUUCGGACCUGGCCGUGUGCCAGGAGGAGGGCAAGCCGGUGCUGUUUGGGUGCCUGUUUGAAUGCGGGGCGGCGACUGCAUGCGAAGAAAUUGCCUUUCAGCUUUUCAGCGACGUUGAGCUUCUGAAGAACCUAAGGCCUGGGAAGCGCAGAAUCGCAGAGCAGUCAGGGACCCUGAGGGUCAUCUAGUCCAACCCCCUGCAAUGCAGGAAUCUCAACUAGACCAUCCAUGACAGAUGGCCGUCCAACCUCUGCUUAGAAACCUCCAAGGAAGAAGAGUCCACCACCCUCUAGAGAUGGACGAUCAGCCAGCAGCACCAACAGCCAGGAACGCUGGGAGUUGUAGUACAGCUUCACUGGGGAAACCCAGCCAGAUGGGUGGGGUAUAAAUAAAUUAUUAUUAUUAUUGUUAUUAUUAUUACUAUUAUUAUUAAUUUGGAGUGCCACAGUUAGUCACCCCCCCGAUCUAAGGGAAGGGUGUUCAUGCCUUCAGAGGCCCUUUGACCUUUAUUAUUAUUAUUAUUUUAAUAUUCAAUCACACAUCUAUUUAGUGCGAACGUAAGAAGCGCCUGGCUGCUGGAUCAAGCCAAAGACCCACAUCCUAGAUGCUCCAGUGUUCAGCUAUAUGCCUCCAAGGGAAGCUCACAAGCAGGAUCUGCGCACAAGAACAGCAUUUGAGAUUCCCAGUAACUGCUAACCAGAGGCAUACUGCCUUCGACAGGGGAGGUCACGCAUAGCCAAGGCUCUCAAAUCCCAUCUGUACUGCUGUUGUCUCUUUUUUUUUUAUAAAUAAUAUUUAUUAAAGUUUCACAGGAGAAAAAAAAUAAAAAAACCACAUUACUAAAGAAAAAGUUAACAAUGAAAAGAAAAAAUACAAAGUAAAAAGAAAAAACAAUUAAAAACAAUUUCAUCUUUUCCUCACUUCUUUUACGUUUACUUGUUUCCCGGACCUCCUCUUACCUCCCUCUUCUGUAUUCUAAUUAAAUAUGUUAAUCCAACAAUUCCUUUCCCUCCUUUUUAAUCCUAAUCUUUAAUCUUGAUAUAAUAUAACUUUAAAUUUUACAUUUUACAUAUUAAAAACCAAUUUUUCCAUAUUCUUUUAUGCCUGUACAGCUAGAAACCACUUAACUUCAAUCCAACAUCAUUCUAACAUUCAUUAACAGAGGCCCUUUGACCUUUAAACGGCCCAGCUGAUUUCUCCAUAACUUCAUGGGUUGUACAGAUCUUGAGUGAUUUUUGGACUCAGUUGGAUGAAGAAGCCUUGGAACAGAACAGUCACCACUUCUGA